UUCCUCAUUUCCCUCAACAUCGAUUCCGCAUUUCCGGUUUUUUUCUCCUUCCUUCACCUCACUCAAUCAUAUCUCCUGUUACUAUACGAACAAAUCCCUAUUUUUCUCUGUCCACUUUUGGCUGGCAAGCGUGCUGAACGAGGAUUUGAGUUUUUGGUCAGCCAUGGAAAAAGUAUAUUCGUCAGCCGUGUUAGCUUUGACAGCUAAAAUAGCUUUUGGCUCAGACUAUGACAAGUUUAUUAACAAGAAUAUGUCGGUUUCGGUGUUCGUGAAGUUUAAUGAUCAAAAAGAAACUAAAAUAUAUUGGACUCGGGUUGCCUUGAAGGAGGAAAUUCAGGGAAAUUCGAAACUAAUUUACUGGUCUGCACAAGAAAUAAAUGUUAAUUAUCGGUUUGGGGCUAAGCAGCUAAUGAUCUUUUCUGUAAAUGAUGAAGAUUCACAAUCUGGCCGCCAACUUAGAGAAUACGAGAUUGAUCUUCAUAAGAUCAUUACUACAGGUAUGAAAGCCAAGGUAAGAUACACUGAUGCCCCGGACAUAGAGGACAACGACUGGUUAUACGUGUCAAUAAACAUGUCCGAGUCCCACAUAAAAAAAGUAUAUUCUUUGGAUCUCGAAUUAAAUGAUUGCCCAAAGGACGCUCAAUAUCUACAAAUUUCUCAAGACCAGGACGUGGCCGGCAACAGAGUCGUAGUUUGCAAGACAAUAGAAAACAAUAAGUGUCAUAUUUCUCUUAUGCAGCACAUUGGUUUCCAGGGCAAACAAAUUCUUAUCGAAGGUUUCGACGAGAAAAAAACAAAGUUCGGCACUUGCGAGCCAUCAAUAUCAGACUUGAAGCAAAUGUGUGAAAGAGGUUCUAUCAAAUUUUCAAUAACGCCUAUAUCUGGAGAGGAAGGAAAGGGCCAGUUAAUUGUGAAGGAGUUCAAAGAAAAAGAGGGCAUUUUCGAUUAUGUAUCUCAGGGCUUUGUGUUCCGUCUUAUGUUUGCUAUUGACUUUACUGAUUCAAAUCGACUCACAGAUUCGUCAAAUUUGCACUAUAUUACUAAGAGCGAAUCAGAAGCUAAUGCGACUAAUAAAUAUAUACAAGUUUUUAAGGGCUUUUACGAUGUCAUAAUAGGAUGUGAGAGCUCUCUCAAGCCUUUCUAUGCUUGGGGCUUUGGCGGAGAAAGAACUACACAAGAGGGAAGCUCAUUAUUGCUCCCGAAGGUAAAAUCAGAUGAUGAUAAAUCUAAGGGAAAACAAUUCCAAUUUAAGGGAUUGGAAGACUUAAUAACUAGUUACACUACUGCUGGCGGGGAUGUGACAUUACGUGAUUCCACUGAUCCCGAAAUUCUAGAUGAAGUAAUAAAUAAAGCCAUAGAUGUGAUAAAGAUGGGCACAAACGAUGUCAAAGAUCGGAAUUACUAUCUGCUUCUUAUUGUGAUAGCUGGAGAUCUGAAAUUCAUUGAAAAACUGCUCAAAAAGAAAGCUGAAUACAGCUUAUUACCGUUAUCAAUCCUUUUUGUUGGUGCAAACUGUGAAGGAGACACAGAGUACAAAAAGUUGGAGGAGUUCUGUUCCAAACAGAAUAACCCGUUGGAAUGUGGAGACAUUAAUACCAGAGAUAUAGCAAGCUUCACGAAAAUCUCAUCUCCAUCGUAUGUUGAGAAGAUUUUGGAUACCGUAUCAUCACAAUUCCUCAGUUAUGUUCAUAAUAAAGGUAUCAAAGCACACAAGCAUCAAUCAUCAUCCCAAUAGUUUGGAGAGUCCUAGUUCUGUUAGGACCUCUCGUAGUAUUCAAGUUCAAGUUAGGAUUCUACGUAUCUUAAAAUUUAGUUAAAUUAGGUCUUCAGUAUAGAUUCCAACUUAUAAUAAAACUCCUAUAGUCAUAGUAUGGAGUGGUUAGAUGUCUUUUUGCUUGCAAGGUUUUACUAUUUCACUUGACGUAGGUUUUACUUGUUUUAAGCACUUUGGUCUUGUUAAUGAGCAGUAUGGUAAUUCUGAAUAACCUUUGUAAUUCUAAAUAAGCACUUUGGUAUUUGUUAA